UCUUGAAGAAUGUUUAAAGCUGUCUUUGGAUGGUGACCGCUUUUUGUUCUGCUCUUUGUGAGGAUGAUCUCACACUGCUUUAACAAUGUUGAGGUCCAGACUCUAGGGAGCUUCAGUAAUGCCCCCUGCUCCUUCCGAGAAGACGCUUUGCUCUGGCUCGGAUUUCUCUUCCAAAGCCGUUUUGUGUCUGAUUGAGGCCGUCGGGCGUCGCUGGGGUCUCUAUGAGACUCGGGAACGCUCGCAGCUCUUCCAGAGUGUCCAAGAGGAGAUGGCCUCCAAGGGGCACAUACUGCCUGUUGAGAAAAUCCGUCGCAAGUGGAACAACCUCAUUGUGACAUACAAGAGGGUUAAAGACCGCAGCCGGGAGACGGGACAUGCUAAGACGUCUUGGGAGUAUUUGUUGAUGGACGCCACCCUCUGCGACACCAUUGGCACUCAGAUCGUGAACAACAAACGAAACAAAGGCGGCAGCACGGUUUCUACACUGCCUGCUCCUUUGGCUAAGAUCGCUGCAAAGCCCCUGCAGCUUCCACAGCCGACGUCCACCAUCAUCCGUCCUAGCAGUGACUUUGCUGCUGGUGCUGGUGGUGGUGGUGGUGGUGUGGACUCAGUAGGUCUGGGCUCCAGUGCUGGCAGCGCUGCCAGUACGUCGGUGACUGCAGCGACCAUUAGCUCAGCUAAUGCUCCAGACCUCAAGCCCCUGAUCGUCCUCAAUGGUGACAUUGUUACUACUAGUAUUCACCCAGCCACCAUUGUGCCUGCUCCUUCUUUUAUCACCUCGCCUUGUUAUACAGAAACAGCCACCACAUCCCCUUCCCUCAUCUCCGCCAGUAACACAGACCUCAACACACUGGGCUACACGAGCCGCAAAGCUCCAUCCAUCUCAUCAGGUGUCAUCCCUUUUCGCCUGAGUACAACAUCGCUCACCCAAAGCCAGAAUCUCCUCGGCCUCUCCUCUUCAUUCCCCCUCACGUCCUCCUGCCUCACUUCCUCUGCUGCCACCUCUUUGUCAACAUCAACUGUGUCUGGAACUGAAGGACAGAACCAGAAGGCGAAAGCGGAGCAAGGCGGCUCCACUCUGUUCCAGGAGAUUCUGAAGCGACAGGAGGAGCAGGCCUACCUCGAUCGAGUGGCUCGCCGCAGGGUUGAAGCCAGAGAGAAGAGGCGCGAGAGGAGGGAGGUGCGAAUGUCCGAGUCCCUAGGAAGGAUAGCCACGGCCCUGGAGCUGCUCUCCUCCAAACAGGACACAGUCAUCGCCCUCCUACAGAGGCUGGCUGAUCGGAAAUAAUCUACAGUGAAAGCCUGGAAAGUAGAAUCUCCUGACCUUGUUUUUCCCCCACCUGAGAUCCUCCUUAUGAAGCUCUCAUGCACUAUAACGCUACUUUAAUGAGCAUAGUUUAAUAUAAAUGUGAAUUUGACGAACUCUUAACUAAAUAACAGACAAGCGCAAAGGUGAAUCAUUGUUUGUGCUUUUAAAUUGUUGUGCUUUGUAAAUAUGUUAGUUUGCUUCACUAACAUCUAAUAAAAAGAUUCUUUGGAUAUGCACCUUAAAGCUGUGGUC